CAAAUCAUUCGUUUCGCAUCCCUCGGUCCAAGUGGUCCAAGCUAAAAAUAAUACAAUAUUAAUAAUUACGAUAUCUGCAUACUUUUUUUUUUAUUGCCCAAUCGGUUAAACAAACGAACAACUUCGUACUACAACAACGCAUCAACAGCUACCACACAAAAAUGACAUCCUGCAAGUUAUUUUUUUGUUUCGCACUGCUCAUUGUGUCGGUCUUCUCCGAAAAAGAUGCAUCGAAAGCGGCCGAAAACGAAAGGGUGAAGAAAGCUGUAGUAAUCCCACCACCUGCUUCAGUUGCGGCAAAUUACGGAUACUACGGCAGUCCUUACAGCGGUUUGUACGGUAGCCCCUACAACACCUUAUACGGCCAAGCUUACGGUUACCCGUACGGAUCGUACGACGAUGGCAAGUACCACCAUCACGCGGGCAAGUACGACGACGGCAAGUACCAUCAUCACGUGGGCAAGUACGACGAUGGCAAAUACCACCCCGGAAAAUACGACAAGGCGACGGUGGCCACAGCAGUGUACAGCAAGCCGUAUUCGACCGAAUACAACGGCUACAACUAUGGUUACAACGGCUACACCGGUUACAACGGUUACAACGGUUACAACGGUUACAACAAUGGUUACAACGGUUACAACAAUGGAUACAACUACGGUUACUACGGCGGAUAUCCGUACACUCACUACCCAUACAACUACCAAUACAACAGCCACCACGCAUCAUACCCAUACGUCUACUAAGCCGACCUCCUCUUCAUCCGAACGAUUUUGUUUGACAUUUUUUUUUUUUAUUCGAUCCCGCAAAAAACCACAAUUGUUACCGCGUAUAAUAAUGAUAUACUCUCGCGACGAUCUUUAUAUAAUGAUUAUUCUGUAUACGAUUUGCUUUUAUAUUAAAUUUAAUAGAGUUUAUUUUAAUAUAACAAUAUAAUAUGCUUAAUAAUAUUAAAACUUGGAAGUAUUACGUCAGAUUUAACGUGAAUAAACAUUACUAUGAAUUCUA